ACUAGCUGUAGUCAGGUAUACGUGCAUAAGAUGAUGUAAACAAAACCGAGAUGAUUCCCAAAGAAAUAAUUGUACUGCUACUCAUGCUAUGUUGCUGUAAUGUGAGUGACAGUGACAUGGUUAAACUUAUUGUGAAGGUAAAAGACGAAUUUAGAGGUCACGUUGACACAGUGAUGAAUUACUUCGGGUUUAAAUUCUACAGACAGAUAAUUGAAGGAAUAUAUACAUAUGCAAACGAAAAUCCAGACAACUGUACGGACAACAACAUAAGACACGUACAUCUCCUGCUUGAUGGUAAAGUGGACUAUAUUGAACGUAGUAGAAACUUGUAUACAACCGUAUCACCCAUAGAAGGAAUGCGUUUGCAUUAUGAGGACCCAGUGGAGGCACCUUCUACGAAUGGUAAAGAAUGUGCCCAAAGGUAUGUUGACAUACAGGACCAUUGGAAGCACACCGGACGUGGGGUGGUUGUUGCAAUAGUUGACAGUGGAAUCGAUGACAGAGAUCCAGUGAUACGUACAAAGAUUAGCAAAAUAUUAUCAUACAAUUUUGUAAAUGAUUUCCGUUCUCACACGCCGCCGUUUUCAAGCCAUGGUACCUUUGUUGCAAAUUUAAUCGCGGGGGAACAUGAGCCGGAUGAUACAAGUCCGUCAUGUGAUUGUGGAAUUUCACCGGACGUAACUUUUGCUGAUUUAAAGGUUGGGUCAUUGGUAGCAACAACCCAACAACAUUUUCUAAUGGUUGAUGGCGAAAUAUUAUCUCGAGGUCUUGCUGCUCGACAGGAUAUUAUUGAUAUAUAUUGUAAUACCUGGGAAUUGGGUCCCGCGUCUGUCGACGUGCAAAGUUACACUGUGGACAUUCUUCAAAAGGGUUUCCACAACGGUCGCAAAGGAAAGGGAAAUAUAUUUGUAUUCCCCUCUGAAAACCCUGGCCAUGGCAUCGCCAACAAAUAUACUAUAACUGUUGGAUGGAUAGAAUCCGAAGUAACACAACACUCAAAUAGGGUUCCAAAUGCUGCGACUCUCGUAUCGGUGUUUACGAAAUCGAACACAAGCAGCUCUACGUUGUCAAAACAAGACCAAUUCAAAGCCACGAGAACACAACGCCUUGACAAAUCCUCAACAGCAACAGCUUUACUGUCUGGAAUUUUAGCUUUGGCAUUACAAGCAAACCCAAGUCUAACUGCACGUGACGUAAAACAUCUUCUUGUCGAAUCUGCUUCUCAAAAAGGCCUACUGGAAACGCAAGACUUCAAACAGAAUCACGCUGGGUAUCGAUAUCAUAAAUUUCUUGGCUUUGGAUAUCCGGAUGUUAAUAGAAUGCUCGAACUUGCCAAUACAUGGAAGGAUCUAGCCAAGUUACAGUCAUUUACAAUAAAAGGUGGAAGUAGCUGGUUAAAAUCGUCGGAAAGACAUAUAAAAAUCGGCUGCGAAGAUUCUGAACAAUGCAAUCACCGAUUGGAGCAACUUCAAGUAAAAAUCCAAACUGAUUUGCCAAACUCAUCUCAAGGAAAUAUAGUAUCCAUUAUAGCGACGUCUCCCAAACGAACUUCGUCUAUAUUGUUUGAACAAACGUAUAUUCCUGGCGACAUUCAAGAGCGAGAAACAGUCCAAAUGGUAUUUUUGACUAAUCAUUUUUGGGGAGAGGACCCAGUUGGAUUGUGGACUAUCAAACUUGUUACAUAUUCCGAAGACACUGUGUCAAGUCGAUAUUAUGUGGAUGUUUUGGAAAUAGCGUUUGAUGCCACUGGAUCGGAUUGCAGACUAACAGAAAUAAGAAAAUCUGAAUUACCACUCAUACUAUUUUUUGCAAUUUGCAUUAUUUGUAUUGCAAUUUUAUGUUUAUGGUGCAACAAAAUAUGGAAAAAAGCUGGAAAAUCGAGCUUGAACAUUACAAAACGGGAUGGAACAAGUCAAGAACAAGAAGAAAUGAUGAAAAACAGGUAAUUUAUUGCUAAAACGGAAUGAGGCAAACAAUUUAUAAUAUAUUAAAGGUAUUGGUUAACUUCUCAAAUAAUGCACAAAUAUAGUUGUUAUACCAUACAAACAAAAUUGGAUGCAACACAGCUAAAUGAUAGGAAUAACUUCCAUGUUAUUAAAAAAUUGUUAAAAUAAACUAUGAGAAACAAAUCGUCAAAAUGGAAAAUAUUCUGAAUAUAACUAAAUAUAACUGGAAAAAAAGAAUUUUAAAGGGGCCUUUUCACAGAUUCUGGCAUGUUUUGAAGUUUGUCAUUAAAAGCUUUAUAUUGAUAAAUGUACUCAUUGGAUCUAAAAAGCUCCAGUAAAAAAUCAAGAAUAAAAUUUAAAAAAGGAAAAAAAGUAGCCGGCAGCAGGGUUCGAACCACUGACCGCCGGAGUCCUGAAGUAAAAACCAUUUAGACCGCUCGGCUAUCCUGACAAGUAUGUAUGAGAGACGUAUUUUAUACCUUAUAUAAGCAAUCUUCGUAGUUUCACAAAAUUAAAACGACAACAACAGAACUCUCCAAAUUUUUCAAUCGUUUCGCGUUGCAACGCUUUAUAAUUUGCAGGUUUUUAAAUCAUCAAAAGAUGCAUAUAAUGGCUAUAUUAGACCAUGGUAAAUGUUCAGUAUUACCGUUUUCUCACAAAUAUCAUAACUAAAACGAAAAUUUGCGAAUCUGAAACAACUUUUUUCAAUUUUGUCAAUUUAGCAAAACGUGAAAAGAUCCCUUUAACGCCGAUUGGAAAUAUUUUAAUUGCGAAUACACUAAUUGCGUCAUUAUUAAAUCACUUGUUCAUUGUAUUGCCUGACCCACCCGAUACCAUUCUAAACUCAAUAAAGUCUUCUAUUCUGAAUUUUAUUUGAGACGGACAUAGUAAAAUAAAGUUUUCGACAAUAGUAAAGGAGUAUAGUGAAAGUGGUUUAAACAUGAUAAGUCUGGAUGCUUUUAUUCUAGCUUUUAAAUUAACUUGUUUACAACAAAUCCCAUCCUUUAGGGGAAAUUGGAUAUAACUCAAAAACCGUUAUUUUGAUACAUAUAAGCUCUUUAAUUGCAGUUAUCAUUAUUUUUUAAAUAUUUCUAACAGAAUUUCAAAUCCUUUUUGUAUAGAUGUUUUAAAAAGUUUCUCACUAUUUUGUGGUAAACUAGAUGUAAACACAGAAAAAAAAUUGUAUUAUCCGCUCAUUUAUAAUCAAAAUAUAUUGAUAGUAAGUAAAAGUUCUUUCUUUAAGUCAUGGUUCGUAGCUGGAAUUCUUUGUGUAGAUGAUGUUUUAAAAAUGGAACCUGUAUCUUUCUUAAUAAAUUAAACAGAUGUACAAUUUAAACCUGAGCAAUAGACAAUUUUUUUACAAAAUAUUAUAUAUCUUGUCCUACCCAAAAUAGUAUCAAACCCUUUUUGCCCCCGCUUUACAACUUGUACUAAACGAAUCUGGUGCAAAAAGACUAUGCACAAUUUUUAUAACAAAAAAAUAAUAAACAACCAUCAGUUGAAGUAAAACGGUGUAUAAAACGCAAUACCAUAAUUAAUGAAAAAGAAUGGAAAUGCUUAUUUGAGCUACCCUUUUUAAUAACCAAUAAAGGUUUAAUGGAUCCAAUAUAGACACAUUCACAGGAUUCUUGGAAUAAAUAGUAUUUUGAAUGUAAUGAAAAUUUCUGAUGAUCCAUUGUAUAUAUUUUGCAAACAAAGUGAGGAAAAGUUAGAAAAUUUAUUCUGGAAAUGUCAGAUACCUAAAGCAAUUAUUGACGAAAUUUACCCACCUUACCCAUCUUUUUCUUUUAUUAACAUAUUAACAUGACAAUCCCUUUACUUGGAUAUUCAAAUACGUCUUCUAGAGACAUAGAUAAUAUUAUUUUGAUUAUUACGCUACAUGUAUAAUACGCUUAAGUAUAAAUAUUAUAAUUUGAGAAAAAUAUCAAUUUAAAAAAAUAAUGUAAAAUAUUUUGAGAGUGAAUGGGAAUUGUUUAAUUCUAUUGUUUCAUAAAUUUGGGAUUCAAAUUUGUUGACUGAUGAAGAUUGUUGUAGUUUAAGUACUUGUUACAUAUAUUAUUUAAAGCGUACCGUUACUCAUAUAAAAUAACAUAUAUAUUAGACCUAUGUGUUAUAUUGCUAUUGUCUCUCUUUUUUUUUAUCUAUGAACACUAGCAAAUGUUUUUUUCUUGUUUUUAUGAAUUUCGUAUAUGUUGUUUUCAACACACAAUUACAUGUCAUUGCAUUACAUGUUUUCUGUUGAUGCUUUCCUGUGUCUGAUUGCGAAACAUUAUGUUUAUAAUUCAUAUUGAACGUGUACCUGUCUGCAAUCUUAAAAUGAACUGUGUUUUAAAAAAAACUUAUCAACUUAAGUCUUACCUAUCAUAUUGAAGAGUGUGUUUUCGUUUGCCGAUAUAUUUUGUAAAUAUUCAUACAUAACUUUAUAUAACGAUGCAUAAUUUACACAGUCAGUUUAUAGACAUACCCCAUUAUAUUCAAGAAAUUAUUCUUUUGUCAGUUUUUUGCUUUUUCUAUAAUGUGUUUGCAUAAUUUCCAUGUAAAGCAAAGUCUGAAGUAUUGCUAGUUUUAAACGUAAAAGCUCUGUUAUCGUAUUUAUUUUUAUUACAUUUCAUAAGAAUCCUUAACAAAAGAUGCACGUGUUAUUAUAUACUAUUGUAUUAUUUGUUGCGCAAUAUUUGUAUUUUGCAGACAUUUAUUUUUCUUUAUAUGCAAGUGUACAUGCUGUUUGAACUUAUCUGUAUUUAUAUGUCUGUGGUCACAUUUCAACUAUUAUUAAAAUGUCAACGAGGAAAUACAUGUCAAAGAACCUUUAGUAUUUGCUAUAAAAAACAAAGCGCAGACAGCUUUACUUCAAAAUACUUGUUACUUGUGUACAGAUAAUAAAUGUAGACCGUAAUGUAAUCAAUAUGACAUGAGAUCUAAAUAAAGAAAUUUAAGAAUC